AUGUCCCGGUCCCGUCCCGAUCCCGUCCCGGUCCCGUUCGGGUUCGGGAUGAUCGGGAUCAAUUCUCAAAAAGUGCCAGUCCCGUCCCGUCCCGUCCCGAGUUUUAUUUCCUGGUCCGGGACCGGGAUCACCAGAAUUUCGUCCCGUCCCGUCCCAUGCCCAGCCCUACUCAAUACAAUAAUAGCAAAUUCUGAUGCAGAUCAUGCUCUGAUUCGGCAGGGUUUCCAUAGCCGAUUCAUUACUCCUGGUUUGAAAGCCUUGUAUCAAGCACAUCGCAAAGGAAUCCAAAAGAAGGAUAUAGUCGCUCAAAUUCCAGUUUCAGAAGCUGACGUUCAUUUCCUUAAAUGUUUUCAUAGAAGUCACUCGGCUGAGGAAACCUAUGGUAUAACGCCAAAAGAGGUCCAGCUCGCAAGAGAACUUGAUGAUUAUUUAGAGAAGAAAGACUUUGCAAUUGAAGAGCAAGCGAAGGCUGAUGCCAGAGCUAAGAAUAUUGAACAACAUAAGGAAAUACAGAAGGCGGCUAAGGAUAAGACGUCAAAUGGGAAAAUCCCCACCAUAAGAGUACAGAGAGGACAGGAUCCGCCGUUCUCAAAUCAAGAUCUGGGGAUGAUGAAGAAAUAUCAUAGGAUGUAUUCAGCAUUGGCCACGUAUGGCCUAACUGAGGAGGAAAGCACGAUGAUGAAGAUAUUGGAAAAGGAUCUGUCUUCAGAGUCAUACCUCAUCAAUGAGGAUUCUAGCAUCGGCUUAAAGAUCAGUUAUCAGGCAAUGAUGGAGAACUGUAAGAUCGAAGCCAAUACUGAUAACUUGCCUAUUUUCGAUUCUGACCUUACUUACCUUCGCACUUACCAUAAACAACAUUUGGCUGCUAAGAUAUAUGGAUUCACAUCCGCCGAGAGCAAAUUAUUGGACAAUUUGUCCAAAUACUUGAGGGCUCGUGCAAUUGAGUAGCAAGCCGAGACAGAAAAGGCAUCCACCAAGGUAACAACUGGGGCCAUUGAAGAAUUAAAGAAAGACCAAGCUAGUCUCAGUCAGCAGUUGAAGGAUGAGGAAAUGGUAGAAGGUGCUGCCACGAACAAUGGCAAGCAGGACGAUUUUGGAGACGAUGGUGAUGAGGAAGUCGAUUAUGGGGAAGAGGAAGAACAAGGUGAUUAUGAAAAUGAAACUGGAAUCGACUACGACAUAGGAGACGAUACAACUUUCGAUAUAGAAACCUUAUCCCCAUUUUACAAAGGCGAGGUCGCCUUUGGAAAAGGAGAAGGCAAUACAAUGGACAUCAACAUGGUUUAUGUCUUACCUUCAGAACUCAAAGCUUAACCAGGUCAGUCAAAUGAACUGAUCGGCGACUUUAUUGCCGAUCAACAUCCUCGAUUUGAGAUUGAUGAAGUUGAUGCCCAGUUGAAGGAUGAGGGAGGCCGUGUGGUACUCACAAAACCAACGGCCAAAAUGGCUCAACAUUUGAAGCCGUUAUACAUCACGGCUUACAUAGAAGGAUAUCCGAUAACGAAAGUUCUGGUAGAUAAUGGCGUAGCAGUUAAUGUGUUACCUACAACCGUCAUGAAGAAAUUAAGCAGAACUGAAUCCGAUUUGCUUCCUUCAGACAUUACAGUGAGCAACUUCUCUGGAGGGAAGAGCAGGCCAAGAGGUAUCCUCCCACUCGAUGUCACCAUAGGGGAAAAGACAAACAUGACAGCUUUCUUCGUGGUCUAUUCAUCUGCUCAUUACAAUGCAUUGCUUGGCCGCGAUUGGAUUCACCAGAACAUAUGUGUACCUUCUUCCCUGCAUUAAGUUUUGAUCUUCUGGCAUGGAGACAAAAUUGAGGUCAUUCCAACAGACAAUAACCCAUUUCAGGCAUCCACCAAUGUAGUGGAAGCAAGGUUUUACGAGGAUGAUAUUGGUUAUUUCACUUUCAGUGGAUGAGAUAGCAAGGGCCGACCUACCCAAGUUACGGCCCAGAAGAUUGUCAACCUAGGGAGUGAGGAUGUUUUGCAAGACAUAGAGCGUCCAACCUUGGUUGACCUAUUCAAGGAAAAUAUCAAUGUCUUGAGACCUAAGGUCUCUAGAAAGAAAGGCCGCAAUCCGAUCUAUUUUCGGACGUUUGCUGGCCUAUUGGGCCGACAGGACUACGUACCAAUAACUCGGCCAUCAACUUGAUGGAAUACAUUACAGAACAACAGGAAGAAGAACUGCAGUUGGAAGAUAUCGGCCUAGCGUCGGCCGAAUUAGAAGAUACUGAAGCCGAAACUCAAGAUCCCGUAGAUCAAAUUAACUUAGGAGACGAGGAUAACUAGGGCUAGCAUUUUCAGCCGAGUCAAACCAGCCAGCCGUGUUCGAGCCGAGCCAAAGAAUUCGGUAGCCGAACUAUUGGUACGGUAUUACUGAACCGAGGUAUAGAUGACGGUACGGUAUUGGUUCUGAUUUUUAAAAAAAUACGGUAUACCGUACCGAACCGUAUAUAAUAUAUAUUAUUUAUUUAUUUAUAUAUUUUUUAUAUCUAUUGAUCUGAACCGUUGAUUAUUAAUAGUUUUAUUGCAUAUUAAAUUAUAACCGUUGGAUUAAACUAAAACUUAUGAAACCCUAAGGGUGGAUUCAGAAAGAUCAUUCAGUCCCUCGCAGCCUCACUAUCGAGUCUCUCUCAGACUCAAACCCUCUCCACCUCUCGUUGACUCGAUCUCUCCUUCGAAGCCCAAACUAUCCAAGAAUCAAACACAGAAACUAUCCACCUCUCGUCUAUGGCCGGUGAGUCUUCCCUUUUGGUUAAUUUUUGUUUUAAUUUUAGUUAGUGAAUCAUCUGCUCUUGGAUUCAUUCAAUUCAUGUUCUAAGUUGAGUGAUUUCUAAUGUUUUUGUUGUUUUGCAUCUUGCUUGCUGAUGUUGAAUCUCAAGUGGAUUCGAUCUCUGUUGCCACUAAUCUCAACUGAAAUCGAAUCGGUCUCUUUCAAGUGAAUCGAUCUCUGUUGCUGUCCCGAUUGGCAUUGCUUUUAGAGAUUUGGAAAGCUAAAAGCUCAUAAUUAUUAUAGAGGUGAGGUUCAGUCUGUGACUUUGUAACUUUUUUUGAUAAUUGAUUGUUUUUGUCAUUAUAGAGAUUGAAUGUUGAUAUACUGAUACAGAGCUCUUAUUUUUGUUUGAAUGUUUGAUUAGGUUGCAUUUUUGUGGUCCAGUUUUA